UUUUAAACUUCUUUUAGAACAAGAUAUGAAUGCAAUCUAUUUUGAAAAAAAACUUAAAAAGAACCGGUAUUUAAUAUUUUUUGAAUACAGACUUAUAUUUUAUAUUUUUGAUGAAAACAAUUUAAAGAACAAAAACUAGUUACAGAAGAGCAUGUAGAAACUCGGCUUAAGGUUUAGGUUAGGUUGUCUUCAAGGCGUGACAAAAAUAAAAUGGCUAGAAUAACAGCGAGAGUCUGCAUUAUCAAGUGACAGAACGUCACGUAACUUGAAUUAUAUUAUAUUAUCAAAUAAAAAUAUGAAUUAUUCGUCUUAAAUAUAUUCCGUAUAUACAUAUAUUGAUCGUUUUCGAUUUGCAUAUUGGCCGAAGGAUGUAAUCAUGUUAAACGACGUAUCAAAGAGAUUGUCACGAAGCUCCGAAACAACUGAGGCUGAUGUUCGCGAAGAUGAGGAGCAAACGAAGAAAUUUCAAGACAUUAUCGACUUGCUUCUUGCGGCAGGCUAUUUUCGAGCUAGGAUAAAGGGAUUAUCGAAUUUUGAUAAAUUCACUGACCGAAAAAAUUGUAGCUAUGCUACCUAAAAUGAAUUGCCCAUAUCGAAUAGAACCACAUCAAAUUCAAGGCUUAGAUUGCAUUCACAUUUUCCCUGUUAUUCAGUGGUUGGUUAAACGUUCGAUGGAAACUCGGGAAGAAACAGCAGACUUUGUACGAUCGUUUGCUUUAAGUCAGUUUCACAAAAAGCAUUCUUUCUCCGAAGAUCCAUCCGCGGCACAAGGUGUUAAAGAAAAUUUAAUAAAAAAUAUUCAUUUGAUUAAGAAAUCGUACGAACCUCGACGCCUUUUUAAACACAGAGACGACGCUAAGAGAGAAGAGUCUACAAGAUUUCUUGGCACUGUCCUGGAAUAUGAAGCACCCUUAUAUUCUAUAAAAAUUGCUGCUUUACCGGCUGAAGCUGCUUCAAGCGAUGUUAAAGAAAAUGAAAAUAAAGAAGAGCUGAAGGAGAAGGCUCGUUUAAGCGUAGUGGCUAUGGGUAAUAUCGUUGGUAUUCAAGCUCAAGAGAUCGCCAAAGUAGCCGAGAAAUAUGCGACGAUGUCGAUUUCCGAAACCGAGGAAACAGGCGGUGGAAAUUCUUCAGCAGCUUUGACUGCACUGGAGAAUCAGAGAGCUGCGCUUCAAAAUCGUGUUCGUAAAUUAACGAAAGAGAGAGACGCCUUGUCCGCCAAGCAUUUGGAAUUAACGGAGAAACUGAACGAAUCACAUGCAAAACGACAAGCCAUCGAGCGCUCUAUGUACAAACGCUUGAAGGAACUUCUUCUGGUGCACGAUGGUUUAAAGGAGCAAGAACAUGACUUCCGCGAACAAUGUAAGUCUGAUUUGAAUCUUCUAAAAGGUAAGUUGCAAGAAAUCGAAAAUGGCACGUCCGAAGAGGAAGAAGAUCGUUUGAAGGAGUACGAGCAGCAAAAAGAAGCGGUUACAAAGGUCAGACUACAGCUGGCCAAAAAAAAUAGAGCUAUUGCAUCUUUAACUAGGCAAUUGGACGAUGUUCCUGGUCGUUCGGAACUUACGCAAUACCAAAGGCGAUUCAUGGAACUUUAUAAUCAAGUUUCGGCAAAGCACAAAGAGACAAAACAAUAUUACACGUUGUACAAUACUCUGGAUGAUACGAAGCUUUAUUUAAGCAAGGAAUUAUCACUGCUGAAUUCAAUUCAAGAUAAUUAUAAUGAGUGGAGAAACGAUGUGCCGACGAGAAAAACCGGAGAGACGCACUCAGCCGGCAGCUGGUCACUCUGAUAGAACAACAACGGAAAUACGUCGCUGCAGUCAGGCAACUGACGAUCGAAUGUCGUAAAAAUGAAGCCUUGCUCGCGCAACUGCGAGAUACGUAUUCGAAAGGGUAAACUCGGUGUUAUGGAGAACUUAUGUUAUGGUAGAAGACCGUUCUCUCGUUCCGUACAAUAUUAAUUUUAUAAGAAAGAAUAUAUUAAGAAAGAAGCUCGUCAAAAUGUGCUUUUUCGCUUACCUCCCAUGUCAUUAAUCUUACAUUAUAUAUUAAUCUUUACGGAGACAUACGAUAGGUCCCGAUAUAUCGACGAAUGUCAAAAAUUAUGAACUUAUACAAUUAUGAAAAGGAAAUUGUAUUCGAAAAAGAUAUUUGUAGCAUUGCAAAUAAUAAUGACAUACGAGUACAGAUGAAUA